AUGUUUACGCAACUGAAGCGUGAGAGUCUACGGAAGCUACAGGCAAUGGAAGACAAGAGUCCGAAGGGAUGUAUUGAUGGAGCUAUUGUUGAUAUGAUUAAGAGUAUAAAUGCUCAUCCAGAUUACGUAACAAGUAGCUCGUGUUCUGGUCGUAUUGUGCUCUUUUGUGGAGAAAAAGACAUAGCAGGAAAUGGACGUAAUAAUGGUUCAGAUUUGAUUACAAAAGGUGGUAAAUGGUUGAUUGCUCAACAUGGUACAAUCACAUUUGAUCAAGUCAUAACAGCACUACGCUCUCGUGAUGCUUCUCAUUUAACUUCGAGCAAUAUGAUUAUCUUCAAACAUGAACCAUUCAUUAUGCACGUUGUGUGUCGUGAUCUGGACUCGGCAAAGAAGCUAUUGCAAUGGGGUCUUGCCAGUGGAUUUCGGGAAUCAGGUGUUAUCCUUGGUAAUCGGAAAAUCAUGUGUGCAAUUCGUACGACUGCGAAUAAUUUGGAAAUCCCACUUGGACAGAGUGCAAAGCAGAUACUAGUUAACGAUGAAUACCUCCGCUGGAUCGUGGAUAUCGCAAAUCAAAAGUUUGGGGUGAAUAAACAAAAGACGGAUCGACUUUUGGAAGCCUUUCGUGUCAGUUUCUGUCAGCUAGCAACGAAACGGCAAAUUGACCAGGGGUGUGUGGUAGAACUGAGCUCUUGGACAAAGGUGACGAAUGAAAAGGGCGUGAAGCUUGUGGGGCAUUCAAGCGUGCGGUACCGAGACUCAAUUGUCGUAUUUGGCGGUCAAGGGACUACUGCUUCAGGAACGACAACGCGCGUUGCCGACGUGACUUUCUUAAUCCCUUCCAAGGACGGCUCACUGCGGCAAGCAUACCACACAACAGCUGGAGCUAAUGGUCCAUCAGCUAGGAUGUGUCACUCGUGUGUUGUUGUGGGAACGCGUAUGGUUGUGUUUGGCGGUCGCUCUAGCCCCACAAAACCUUUGGGAGAUCUCUAUGCAAUGGAUUUUGAGACGAAACAAUGGGAGGAGAUUGUCAUUGAAGGAGUUGGCCCGUCUCCACGUUGGAAGCAUUGCAGCUGUGCUGUUAGUUCUGUUGUAUACGUGUACGGUGGUCGUGAUGCCGAGCAAGUUUUUGGUGACUUGUUUGCCCUCGAUCUAAGCCAAGACUCACUGCUGUGGCGCCAAAUUGAAACCUCUUUUAUCAUCCCACGUCGAUUCGAUCACAUUGGUGUGGUUGUCGAAUCGACAAAGCUUGCGUUUUGGGGAGGUAUGUCAUCGCUGGAUAGCGGUGAUUCCAGCGAUGAUAGUGGCGUCUGCUUGCUUUUUGAUACAGUGAAAGAAGCUUGGCAAUCCAAAGCCCUUGAAGACACCCAAAACAAAAGCCAGCCUCGUGCACUUUUUGCUGCGAGUGCUUGCUCAAUCAAUGACCAUCAGGUUCUUGUGAUAGGUGGCAUGACGCCUCCGUGUUUGGCGAAUGGAGAUAUGGCAACCCAAGACAUUUAUGUGCUAGAUGUCCGUACAUUGCAAUGGACAAAGAUCGGCGAUGUCAAGCAUGAAAAUGCAGUUUUUGUUGGGCACACGACGACGUGGAUGCCGACAAGCAGUUCUCUGUAUGUUUUAGGUGGUGGAAUCCAAUGCUUUGGCUUUGGGCAGUUAUAUUCGUCGACGUAUCAAUGCCACCUGUCGCUGAAGACGCCACAGAUAUCUCCUGUGAUUGCCUCCAAAAGCAACUCAGUCAGCCGGCUGUUUACAAGUGAGUGUACCUCAUCGAAUGAAGCACCACUAGGUGUUCUUGUCGAAAAAGUGGAUGUGAAGAAGGUCAAGACAUUGCUUGAGAAGGCGCAUGUUUAUGACAAGUCCCGACGUGUCCACGUAGUAAAUGUUGCGCAGCUAGAUAAGACUGCAAUUGACAGACAGACAAUGACGAUGUUUCUGAUUCCUGUGAGGGUCUCUAUUCGUAACCUCAUUGCUUCAACAAAAGACGCAGAAGUACAAAAGCUUGAGAUUGUGCUGGACGAUGAUGUGUACGCAAACAAGUAUGGCAAGAAUAGCGGGCUGAACCGCAAUGAAGUGAUUCGCAGUACCAUUUGUGCCUUUGCUCGUCAGCAUCAACUCUCGACCGAGCUCGAGAGCGCCGUUCCAGAGACAUAUGAGUUCUUAGGUGAUGUUUUACUUGUCCCGCGAGAUUCUUUUCUCGAGCAAGAAUGGGCAUCGUUUGCUGAUGAGAUGUGGUCACAAGUUUGUACGUCCACUACACCCGCUUUCUCUCGUGUUGCACGAAAAGCUUUUAUUGAUACAAGUGAGAAACGCCAGAGUCACAUGAAGCUAUUGUAUCUAAAUCACAAGGCACUCACUACGUCACGUACCAAGGAAGCUCCUGGUUGGGUGGAAAUUCGGGAGAAUGGUAUUAUCUACGGUUGGGACCUCACUCGUGUCAUGUUCUCGUCGGGUAAUGUCACUGAGAAGACCCGCAUGGCAAAUAUUGAAUGUCAUGGUGAGACCAUUGUGGAUCUCUUUUGUGGUAUCGGUUAUUAUGUUCUUCCUUUUCUUGUACACGGUGGUGCUGCAUUUGUUCACGCGUGUGAGUGGAAUCCGGAUUCAGUAGAAGCAUUGCGCUUUAAUCUCGAGCGGAAUCACGUUGCAGAUCGAUGCAAGAUUUAUUAUGGUGACAAUCGUCUAUCUGCUCCUCGAAUUGGUUCCGUUGCUGAUCGUGUGAAUUUAGGUCUAUUACCUACAAGCAGAAAAGCAUGGCCACUAGCUAUCCAAGUGCUCAAAUCAAGUGGUGGAUGGUUACAUGUCCAUGAUAAUGUCGCUGUAAAAGACAAUGAAACGUGGAAACAAUAUGUGGUGGAUACAAUACAAGAGUUAGCACAACAGUAUGGAAAGGAUUGGACAAUUACGUGUGAUCACGUAGAGAAAGUGAAAUCAUACGCACCUAAAGUGUAUCAUCUUGUGGCUGAUAUUCAUUGUGUCGCUAAGAAGCAUGUAUAA